ACACGUGAUUCAUAAAAAAGUAUUAAUGAGAUAUUUUAUAUUUCAUUCUUAAUUCUCAAAGUCCCUUGCGUGUAUUUCACACCUACAUCACCUCUCAAUUUGGACUAUUCGUAAGCGCCAGUGGUACCUCCUCAGAGACGUCCUUUACCUAUUUUAUCUUCUUGGCAGCCCUUAAGGAGAGGACUUUCAAUGAUCUUACUCGCUAGCAAGUCUGUUGUGAUUCCCCACUACACAAGAGCCACAGGGCUAGAAGUCACUUCCAAGGGUGCCCGGCACAGCAGGUUCAAUACAUGCUGUCCCCGCCGCGUCCCCCGCAGGGCGGCCCCUCGCCCGGCCUGCCCAGGCCCAUCCCCGGGAUGUUGGCUGGACACCGUGGACGUGACGGGGAGGAGUCUGGCCGCCCCGCGGUCGGCGCAGCGCGCGCAGGACCCGCAGCCACCGCCAUGGCGGAGCCCACACUCUGCUCCUUCCUCACCAAGGUGCUGUGCGCGGGCGGCGGCCGCAUGUUCCUGCCGGAGCUGCGCGGCCACGUGGAGCUGUCGGAGGCCUCGCUCCGGGACGCGCUGCGGCGCGCCGGGCCCGACCGCUUCCUGCUGCAGGAGGUGGCGAUGCAGGACGGCCUCUGGGACGCCGAGGCCGAGGUGGCGGCCGGCGCGGCCGGCGCAGGAGGCGGCGGCGCCUCCGCUUGGAGGGUGGUGGCCGUGUCCUCCGCGCGCCUCUGCGCGCGUUACCAGCGGGGCGAGUGCCGGGGCUGCGACCAGCUGCACCUCUGUCGCCGCCACAUGCUGGGCAAGUGCCCCCACCGGGACUGCUGGUCUACCUGUACCCUUUCCCAUGAUAUCCACACAUCUGUCAACAUCCAAGUGCUGAAAAACCACGGUCUUUUUGGCCUCAAUGAAGGUCAGCUGCGGAUCUUGCUUUUGCAGAAUGAUCCCUGCCUUUUACCAGAGGUAUGUCUGCUGUACAACAAAGGCGAAGCCCUCUAUGGAUACUGCAACCUCAAGGAUAAGUGCACCAAGUUUCACGUGUGCAAAUCCUUUGUCAGGGGAGAGUGCAAACUUCAGACCUGCAAACGGUCCCAUCAGCUCAUUCAUGCUACGGCCUUGAAAUUGCUGCAGGACCAAGGACUGAAUAUUCCAAGUGUCGUUAAUUUUCAGAUAAUUGCUACCUACAAGCAUAUGAAGUUGCGCAAUAUGCUUGAAAAUAAAGAUAACUCAGCCUCUUCUACUGAGCACUCACAGGGCCUUGAGAAACAAGGCGCACAGGUGGCUGGAGCUGCAGAAGCCAGCCCUUCAGCUUCUGUCCCUCUGUCGGCCAAGAAGCCCUCCCCAGUGGUCAUGAUAGUAUCUACCUCACAGCGUGUUGUGAGAAGUAAAGAAGAUGGAAAAGGAGAAGAUAGCAGACUUGGAGGAUAA